CAUUAGAGCAGUCACGUGACGCGAUCGACAUUGGGACAGCUUUGAGGCCACGAGGUUUUGGUUUCUCAAAAAACUUUUAUUUGCCGGUUGUAAAACUGAAGUUUUGUGAAAAAUUACGAUGCCCUCGAGUAAAUCGUUGCCGCCAAAAGAGAAUGCCCUGUUUAAGCGAAUAUUGAAAAGCUACGAACAGAAACAAUACAAGAAUGGCCUUAAGUUUGCCAAGCAAAUAUUGUCAAAUCCAAAGUUUCAGGAACAUGGAGAAACCUUGGCGAUGAAAGGCUUAACUCUAAACUGUCUGGGUCGUAAAGAAGAAGCUUAUGAGCAUGUGAGACGCGGUCUUAGAAACGACUUGAAAUCGCAUGUAUGUUGGCAUGUUUAUGGACUCUUACAAAGGUCGGAUAAGAAAUACGAUGAAGCCAUUAAAUGUUACCGAAAUGCACUUAAGUGGGAUAAAAAUAACAUUCAAAUUCUACGGGAUCUGUCGUUGCUGCAGAUUCAAAUGCGCGACCUGGAAGGAUACAGAGAUACUAGGUAUCAGCUACUUAUGCUCAGACCAACACAACGCGCUUCCUGGAUUGGGUACGCCAUGUCUUUCCAUCUGUUGGUAGAUUAUAAGAAUGCCUUAAGUAUACUGGAUACUUUUUUGGACCAGCAGCAACGUCUCAAUAAUUUCGACUACGAGCAUAGUGAAGUUCUACUGUACCAAAACAUGGUAAUCCAAGAGUCUGGCGAUCUGAAGCAGGCACUUAAACAUCUCAAAACCUUCUCGUAUCAAAUCGUCGACAAGCUCACAUAUAAAGAGAAUAUCGGUGAUUUGCAUUUGCGGUUGGCCGAUUGGAAGGAAGCAGAGGAAAUCUAUGAGGAACUGAUUGACAGAAACCCGGAAAAUACACUGUAUUAUAAGAAACUGAUUGAGGCAAAGCGACUGACUUCGGAAAGUGAUAUUAUUGACUUUUAUGGAAAAUAUGCUGAAAAAUUCCCUAGGUCGAUGCCUCCAAAAAGAUUACCUCUAAACUAUGCAACCGGUGAACAGUUUAGGGUGCUGGUUGAUCAAUACAUGAGAAAAGCCUUGACAAAGGGGGUGCCUCCAUUGUUUGUUGAUCUGAGGAGUUUGUACAAAGACGGCCAAAAAGUCCAGAUUAUCGAAGAAUUAGUUUUAGGAUAUGUCCAAUCUUUGGAGAAAGGAAAUAAAUACAGUGAAACCGAGUCUUCGAAUGGGCCCAAAGAGCCCGCUAGCGCCAUUUUGUGGACUUACUAUUUUCUAGCUCAACAUUACGAUUAUUUGAAUCAAACCGAGAAAGCCUUAGCAUAUAUUGAGACUGCCAUCGAACAUACGCCCACUUUAAUUGAACUAUUUGUUACUAAAGGCCGGAUUUAUAAGCAUGCUGGUGAUCCGGUAGAAGCAUAUCUAUGCCUUGAUGAGGCUCAAGCUAUGGACACGGCAGAUAGAUAUAUUAAUUCUAAAUGUGCCAAGUACAUGUUACGAGCCAAUUUGUUAAAAGAGGCUGAAGAAACGUGCGCAAAAUUCACAAGGGAGGGUGUCUCAGCCAUGGAGAACUUGAACGAGAUGCAGUGCAUGUGGUUCCAGACGGAAUGCGCUCUUGCCUAUCAGAGAUUAGGCAAAUAUGGAGAGUCGCUUAAGAAGUGCCACGAAAUUGAUCGGCAUUUCGCCGAAAUAAUUGAGGACCAGUUCGAUUUCCACACCUACUGCCUGCGUAAAAUGACUCUGCGCUCGUACAUGGGUCUUUUGAGAUUGGAAGACGUCCUCCGAGGCCAUCCCUUCUAUUUCAAGGCGGCUAAGUGCGCUAUAGAGGUGUACAUUCACUUGUUCGAUUCGCCUCUGAAGGACGAGAAUGCCGAACAAAAAUUAAACACAGAAAAUCUGGCGCCGGCCGAACUGAAGAAAUUGAAGAACAAGCAGCGGAAGGCUCAGAAGAAGGCUGAGCAGGAGAGUGCUCAAGCAAGGGAAGCCCAGGUGAAAAGAGAUCAGCACAAUAAAUCCAGACAACAAGGGGAUGCAGAAGCAGACGCUCCUCAACUGGAUGAACUCAUUCCGGAUAAAUUAGCGAGAAUAGAGGAUCCGUUAGAGCAAGCAAUUAUUUUUCUGCAACCUCUUCAGACGCUAGCCAGAGAUCGGAUAGAAACCCACCUAAUGGCCUUCGAAGUUUAUUAUAGAAAAAGAAAAGUUCUUCUGAUGCUGCAGUCGAUCAAACGCGCACAUCAAGUGGAUGCACAACACCCCAAGCUACACAGUUGCCUGAUCAGAUUUCUACGGGUAGUCAAAGAUAAUCAACACAACUACGACAACGCUGUCUCUGAAGUGAUAACGACUGAAACCAAGACCUUGUUGAGUACCAAAGAUGCGAAAACCUUGAACAAGGAGUUUCUAGAUAGUCACAAGGAUAGUUUAAAGGCGGCGCUUGAAGUGGCGAUAGUUAUGUAUCAAUUAGAUAAUAAAGCCCAGAAAGACGCCCUUAGUUUAGUCCAGGAUAUCGCGAACAAUAAAUAUACCGAUGUAGAUAUUGAAGUUUGUACAGAGAUUCUCAAAAAUAUGCGCAAUGGAUCGCUCGGGAGCUGCGCUCAAUCGCAGAUUGAUUCAUUUGUGGCCAAAUGUCGCCAACGGUUCCCACAUGCAGAAGCUUUCAAAUCCGCGCAGGAAAUCAAAGCGCAGCAACAAGCUCAGACCAAUCACGGGAUGGAGCAGGAAAUCAACUGAUUUACUGCGUAAGGGUGGGUAGUUCAACAAGCUUUCAGGAUGGCGUUUUUGUGUUAUGACUCACCUUAUAUUUCAAUGAAAAAAUUAUGAAGUGUGGUUUUAGAGCAGGUUUUUUUUCACAUAGUUUGGAUUUUUUAUACCCCCCAAGUUGUUUUGAAAAAUAAAGUUGUGUGGAACAUUAAUCAACAUUUACUUUUUCGGCUCAAUGUUCUAUGGGUCGUAACGUAUGGACAUUUUACGUAACAUUUUGUCACACAUUGAACCGGAGAAAAAAGAAAUACAUGUAUAUAUAUCCAAAACUAUGAGUUUUUUUGGCAUUUAUAGUUGUUUCAGAUGAAUUUUUUACAUGAUCUUAAAUAAGAAAUUGAGUUUUGAGAAAUUGAUGUUUUCUGGCCAUAGCUCAAAAACGCCUGUGUUGUUAGAUUAUUGGUGAGGUUUUUGAUGUAAAAAAAUAAAUUAUCUGGAUUUAAACUACUCUCGAAUUGCCUUCCAUCAAUGGUUGGGUUGAUUGACUUUUAAAUUCCUUUAUUAGUUUAAAUGACUGAACUUAACGUAGUUUAAAUCAAUUUUUAAUUUUUUUGAAACAAUAUUCAGUGGGAAGCACACUUUCAACAUAAAUAGUGUAGCGAGCGACUCAAUCAUUGAAACAGGCAACGCGAGUGCAAUAUCUAAUGGACAUUAAGUUUUAAUUUGACGCCAUGCAUCUCCAAAAUUUCAACAGACUGAAAAUAGCCACUGUUGAAUAAUAGCUAGUGUUGCUAGUGAACUAAAGAAAGUGUGAAAGCGUGCGUGGAUCAGUUAGUUAUAACGUGGCUCGUUUAACCAUUAAUUCUAUAUUGUAGUGUUUUGAUAAUUCGGAAAAUUAUAACUUAUGAAACAUCCCCAGAGGAUAUUACUGUGAAAGCUACGAUCUUUAAUUGAAAUUUUAUUAUUUUAUUGUAUUGAACAUGUUAACAUACUUUACGCCCUCUGGUAAUGAGAACAGUUUUUGCAAAUUACAAAGUAAACUUUUUGUUUUGCAAAACAAUAAUUAUUUAAUUCAGGUACUGUCAACCCUCUGGUAAUGAGAAUAGUUUUUGAAGAUUACAAAGUAAACUUUUUGUUUUGCACAACAAUAAUUAUUUAAUUCAGGUACUGUCAACCCUCUGGUAAUGAGAAUAGUUUUUGUAAAUUACAAAGUAAACUUUUUGUUUUGCAAAACAAUAAUGAUAUGAAUUAAUUCAGGCACUGUCAACGUCUGUUAACGAUAAUCGUUGAAGGUAUUCAAUUAUAUACUUUUGUCGUUUAUACAUGUACCAAUUGUUUGCGUUUCUAUUUGUAUAAAAGUUGUUUAAAAUGAGACUUCGACGCUUGGCCGACUAUCUUUGACUAGGGUCGAAGUCAAAUAAAUAAAUCAGUGAUUUGUA